UAGAGAGCUGCAAUAGUACUCGAAAUAGAAAUAGAAACCUGUAUGUAAGAUAGUCUCCAGCCCUCACCAUAAAUUCCUUUAGCUACAGAAAGGCGUCAUCGUUCUGUUGUCGUCUUGUUCGUGUAGAGGUAGAAGAACAUUUUUUCUUGUUUUUCUCCAAACGUAGCGUCCUGAAUUCAGCCAGUCUUACAAUGUAAUUGACGCACAAUAUCUACACUGCAGAACACUGAAGAAUGGGAGUAAGAGGGUUAGUAACACACUGCUGCAGUAACCUGGAGGUUGCCAGUCGCACGGUGGACUUGGUGGAGCAAGCCAAGAAGCAACAGCAAGAGGGUCACACGAAUAGUAGCGGCCAAAUCGUGCUGGCUGUGGACUUCUACUCGUUCAUCAUCACUUUCCUGUGCAGGUGCGAGCAUGCGGUGUUGGAAGCACAGUCUGACGACUGCCCGGCACUUAGCCCGUACGUACACUUGCUGGGUGGAGAGCCCCGCUGCUAUGACCACUGGUUACAAGUGCUGAUAGAAACCCUGCGUGAUAUCAACAUUGAGCUGGUCUUCUUUGUGGACGGCUCACGCGGCUCGCACUGUGAUGAGUUUCGGCGCAAGUUCGAAACGAACAAAGAGCGUGAUCUGGAAAAGUCAAGAGCAGUGCCGAAGAUCAAAGCAUUCUGCGACACGGGUGCCGCUCUGUCUAGCGAUGACAAGCCCUGGACUGGCAUGAUGCUUGUACGCCGUCAGCUUCUGCUGACGGCACGGCGACUUGGCGUGCACUGGGUGCAAUGUCUAGGCGAAGCCGACGAGGAAAUAGUCCGGUAUGCUCAGUCACAUCGCGAGGUCUUUGCCAUUGUCAGCACCGACUCUGACUUCCUGGUGACGCCAGACUGCAAUGUCAUCAUGCCGGAUUCCGUUGACUGGGUGCCGUUGACUGCGGGUGAUGGCACCAGCACACCGGAGCGCUUUCCCGUGCCGGUCUUCUGCGCGGGGACGGUGGCGGAGAGCCUCGGCUUGCCCCAGUCCGCUCUGCCUGGUCUUGCUGCCCUGUGUGGCAACGAUAUCACCAAGCCAUUCAUAGCAUCACACAACGUACACAAGCGCCUGCAGCUACCCAGUGGCCCAGUGGUCCAGGCAGUCAGUGCGGUCAUUAAAGAGCUGGAGGAUUUCGACAUCCACCAGCAUCAGUUCAUCAAGGAGUUAGUGCAGAGUGACCGGGACUUUGCCAUUGCCCUUGAUGAAUCAUUGUUGUUUUAUGAUACCAGUGCAACCGGUAAAAAACUGACCUGGUCGCUGAGCAAGACUAACGAUCACCCAGCGCCAAACAGCUUCCUUCUGUUUCUUCUCAAUGCCGUGGAGAACUGCUUCCUGUCGCCGUCGUCCUUGUCCGUGGCUUGCAACGGCGUGUUAUGGCGUGACUUCUGGCUCGAGGACCUGUCGCUUGGCCAGCCAACUAUCUCCACGCUGACGCAGAGCAUGCGAUCGUUCCUGCACGGAUUCUUGCGGCAGCCUCUUGUUGAAGAGUACGGGCGGCAGGAAAAGAAGAACUUUGGCGUGGGAAUUGUCAACGUCACGAGCGUGCAGAUGACCGUGCCAUGUGCCGACGAGGCUCAGCAGUUGUCAGUUUACGAGCGAGUUGCUUGGUACUGGAAGAUCGUUUCUCAUAUCCUCGAGCCUGGCAUGGAACUAGACAAGCACAUGCAAGCGUACCUUCUUCCGCUGGAGACAGUUGGAACUGUAUCCAGCAAGGCGGACCAUGACAUGAUCGAGACAGUUCUGGUAUCCGGAAUGUUGCGCUACUUUGUUUCGCUCAACAGCCUGAUGGUCUCACAAACAGCGAAGAAGUGUCGCCUGCAGCGAGCAGAAGUUGACUCGAUACUUGCCAUGUGGUUCACCAUGCGUAAUUCAGAUGCAGCGAGCGCCAUUCCGGCCACGGCGGAGAGGCCGACAAUGCGUUGCGUAACCGUCGGCCAAUGGUAUCUGUCAGUCAUACAGCAUUGCGGAGAGCUUGCUGGCCGGCUGCGUCUGUCACACUUCUUCCCCGAGAUCAAGAGGCUGUUCAGCGGCUCUAUAUGGGCCUCCUUGUUUGCUGCUACUGCUACUACUGCCGUUGCUGCUGCGCCGCAGUCUAUUCCUGUGUCACCUACCGAUUGCCAGCAGCAGGAACAGAAGCAGGUAUUGCGGAGUUUUGUCCACGGAGAGCGCUCCCGCUUGCUGGAGGCUCCGGCAUGCGCACCAGUGCGCGACUUUGUCUACCAGGCGCUUCCAGAAGACAUCUGGCCGGUGUCAAAGCCGACGUCUAUCAGUGCACUGUCCGCGAUAAAGUCUCAGCCAGAACCUGCUGCUACAUUGGACAUGGCUGCACCCAAAGUAGCUCAGCCUGUCCAGAAGCCUGUAGCUGAGCCUGUAGCUGAGCCUGUACAGGAGCCUGUUCAGCAGCAGAAAGACCUGCCUAUCGCCCAGCAUCGAGAAAAGAUCCUGGCACAGAUUCGCCGUGAACGCAUCACCUGCAUUCAGGGUGAGACUGGAUGUGGUAAGUCGACAUCUGUUCCCCUGUACAUAUUCCAGGACUGGCAGCAGCAGCAGCAGUCGCAGUCGCAGAACAAGAAGAAGGCACACAUCAUUGUCACGCAGCCGCGUCGCGUUGCGGCCAUAAUGCUAGCACGGCACGUUGCCAAGCUUCACGGACAGCCGAUCGGCAAGGACGUCGGUUACAGCGUUUCGAGGGACGUAGCAGUGUCCAAGACAACUUGUGUCACCUAUAUGACCAUCGGCUACCUCCUGCAGGUUCUCGUUAAUCAGCCAUCGGCAUUUGGCACGUACACACAUGUGGUGCUAGACGAGGUACACGAGCGCAGUGCGGACGCUGACCUGCUCAGCCUGGUCAUUCGCCGACUGAUGCGUCGCUACAGCGAUACCAAGCUGAUCGUGAUGUCGGCCACGCUGCAGGCUGAUUUGUUUGCUCGCUACUUCACCAGCGGUCUGUAUGACGACGACGUGGAUCCAGACAAGGUGGCUAUCUCACCGACUCUCUUUGUAGGUGUCAAGCGCUUUCCGGUGCGCGAAGUCUUCCUGGAGAAUCUCGUUGACUUUGUGCAGGAGUUUGGUGCACCGUCGGGAGUGUUGAACUCGCUCGCAAUCGGCACAGGCAAGGCAAUGAGGAAGUUUGGGCAAGCCACGGAUGUGCGUGGUGAGCCGCUACGAGCAUCUGUUAUGGAGCCCCUCAUGCAGAUGUGUGUCAACGUGAUUGUCCAGUGUGCCAAGCCUGGGCAGUGUGUCCUGGUCUUUCUCGCCGGUCUUGGUGACAUCCUGGGCUUGCACGAACUGCUCAGCAAGAAUACCAACACCCAGCGCCUGCGUGUGUUUGCGCUGCACUCACUGAUGCCUGCCAAUGAGCAAGAGGAAGCGUUCCAAACUCCUCCCGCGGAUACGGCACACAUUGUACUGGCUACGAACAUCGCCGAGAGCUCACUGACUCUUCCCGAAGUGGCGUGCGUCAUCGACUUUGGCCUUCAAAAGGAAGUCGUGUUUGACACGCGUUCCAAACGGUGCUGUCUCGUUCACUCGUGGUGCUCGCGUGCGUCAGCGGCGCAACGAGCCGGCCGAACUGGCCGAGUGCGCCCAGGCACUGUCAUACGUCUCUUUAGUGAGAAAUUCUAUAGGCACGGAAUGGCGGAGUUCGAUUCACCGGAGAUCGUGCGUCUGCCUCUGGACAAGCUUGUCUUGCAAGUUCGACAGCUUGGCGAUGCACUGGCCCAGAAUGGCGAGGAGCGACCAACGCCAUCACAACUAUUGCAAGAAGCAGUUCAACCACCCUCCACCGCCCAGCUUCAGGCGGCCGUAGAGAGUCUUGCCGAAGUUGGUGCUCUGACUGCCCCGGACGAGGAGGCAUGCAUCACCUCGCUGGGCCGCAUUGGCCUCGGGCUGCCGGUUGACUUGAGCGUUGCACGCUUCCUGAUGAUCGCUACGGCUCUGGGCUAUGCGGCGGAUGGUGUCAUUGUGGCUGCUGGUCUCUCAGUCUCCCUGGAUGUAUUUACCCUACCGUCUCAUCUUGUCAUGGGCAGUGGAAGAGACUAUGUCGACUCCUUGUGGCGCUCACUGUCCACUCGUUUUUCCUUUGAUGCUGGUGAAUACUGCGAGCCGCUGAUGGUUUGGCGCUUGUUCCGUUCCUGGUUGAAGCACCGUUUCGAAGCAAGGAAGCGGCUGAAAGACGGUGACAGCUACAACCGUGUUGCGACCGCACAGAAGUUCUGCUCCCUCAAUGCAGUCUCCUGGCAGCGCCUGUUGACGCUGGAGUCGUUGGUGACGGACAUUGCCUCGCGACUCUCCAGUGCCUUGCCGCGUGACACCGCGCCGUUGCAGGACCUCCGCUGGCUGUCGUCGCUUUCGCAGAAGCAGACGUCGCUCUCGGCCGGUGCAGGCCACCGUGUGCACGCUGUGAAUCCUGACCGUCACCUGACCGAUGAUGCGGAUGGCCUGCGCAGCGCCCUCGUAGCAGCGUUCUCUUUCAAUAUCCUCUCGGCUUCAUCCUGCGACAUAACAGCUGCGGCGGGCGGCAGCAAUCAGAUGAAGAAGCAGCGCAAAGACACAACCGAGGCCAUCAAGCAGCACAUGCCACCGCACCGCACCGUGGUGGCCAGCAAUGUGCCGCAGCACUUACGUGCUGACGGAGGCAAGAAGUUGCGUGAUGCUCUGCCGCCACCGAUAGGGCAGCAUGCGCAUGUGCAACUCAAGGGGGACAAGGCGUUCAUCGUCUUUGCUGAGCCAGCUCCUGACAAAUCUGCAGCUGACCGAAUGCCUUACUUCGCUGAUUUGCCCCAGCACGGGCAUCUGCUGUGUCAGCUGGGUGGUGGCCGUAAUCGUUGCAUGCUGGUCCCCCAUUCGGCGGCUACGGCGCCAUACUCGAAACCAUCAGCUGCGAUGGCAUUUGACAGUGGUGCGACGGCAAUGGACAACAGCAUCACCAUUAACCGCCGCAAUCAGCCUUGUAGCAUCAACUGGCAUCUUGUCAGUGGCGGUGGUGCCUCGGAGGUGCUGUGUUCCUGGCGAAACCCGAUCGGCCAUGCGCGUAACGGUGCCCGUAGCACUGCUGACCUGUUUGGCCCCGGCGAGGACAGCUUUGCAGUGGCCGCCGCCAUUCAAGGAACUGAGCGUCCCGGUGCUGUGCAUGCGUCUGGUGUGACGGUGUUGUCGACCGAGCUGAACGGCUUUGUGGCGCAAUACCUGUUGCUGCUCUUCCUCCCACACUCGCAGAAGGUGGAUUUCCAGCUCAACGUGGAUAGUGGCGACUUGGUCGCGGUCCACUCGGGCCACCUACGUCUGGAGUUUCGUCCUGCUCUGCCCGCGGCCAUGCUUAGUGAAGUGUGCAACCUGCGUAAGGACAUCUCAGCAUGCCUUGAUAGCAUCACACUCAAGCCUGUGGACUUCAAGGUCCUGCAGCGACAGCUAAAGGAUAUGCUGACUGGAAUUAGACGGCACGUCGCUAUCUCCACGGCUGAAGACGCAACGGACCAGGCAGCAAGUCCCACUGCCUUGAAGAAGAGAAAGCAGCGCAAGAUUGAUAAGAAAGUGAAAAAGUCGUUGAAGUGGAUCACCGUGCAGCUCUCUAGCACCCUAACACACCUUUCUGAGAUGUCCGCCGGUGGCGGUAGUAGCUCAACAUUCCAACUUCUCCCGCCAUUCUGCCUGGAGGGUCUGAAGAAGCCCGUAGAAGAAGCAGGAGCGCCGACGGCCCAUCAAACCGCUGAUGAUGUGGCGGCCUUGCUCAGCGAUAUGCCAUUCUGCCACUGGCUUGCAGCCAUGGGAGACUACCUGGAUCUGCGCUCUAGUUGGUAUCCUCUCCGUACGCUGAGGCAGGACAAGGAGCUGCAGGCGCUUGCCAAGCGUGCCCAGAAGUCACUCGGCAUGAGUGCGUCCGUCAAGCUGCUCUCCGCCGAGUUCCUGUCGUCGGUCCCUAUCCUUUUCAGGACCCGGGGCUCCAGCGAGAGCAGCUUCUCUGUAGCAGCCACUGAGAAGAUGCUGCAGCUGGUGGAUGGUUUCAUUGAUAUCUUCAUGGAUGGUGAGUAUGAAGAUCCCUGGGAUCAUUAUGAUCCGUAUGAUCCCUGGGGCAAGUUCGAUCCAAUGAUGGACUUCGUCGGUAAUGACUCUGAGCGUGACUGGAAUACGUGUUCGGACACCGAUUCUGACGGAGAGGAUGAAGUAGAUGAAGGCGCUGCAAACUCAAGGGCAUUAACCCGUCCUUCGCCUGGCAAAACUGGAAACGGCAAAGCGGCCCCUCAAACACCAAAGAAGAAGAAGAAGACACCUGCAUCGUCCCAGCAGCAGCAGCAACAGGCACUGAAGUCACCGACAGCGCUGACUGCUGCUAGUUCCACACCGGACACAACCACUGUAGCCAAGUCCAGCUUUGCUACGCCAGUGAGUGCUGCAAAGAAGACGAAGGCAGCCAAGAUCACGGGCUCGUCAAUAACGUUCAGCCCAUAUGAAAGCUCUGGUUUCUACGGCAAGAAGGUGAUGCGGAAGUUGAAUCAACAUCUCGCCGACGAGCACCUGUACAACAUGCAUCGUGCAAUCCUCAACACCAUCAGAGACCAGUAUGCGGAGACUGGCGAGAACGAAGUCACCAUUUCCCAGCUGCUGCAUGACGGCGGUGUGUGUGCUGCAGCAGACAGCAUCACGCAGAGCCUGGCUCAGGUGCCCGGCCUGCGCCAAGACGUCCGGCCGCUGACGCCAACAUUCCUGCGUUCAAUGUUCGGAGCGGAGCUCUGGUGCAGCAAGGACCGUGGUGACUGGUGUGUAGCGUGCCACGAGGAAGACAUAGAGGACGCCUCCUACGCCGACUAUGGCACUGGUCCAGCUGACAUGUCUGGCCUUGUGAGUGGCUCUGAUGAUGAUGUGGAUUCGCUGAUUGACGAGUUGAGUGUGCUCAAUUUUCUGUCGCAGAUUUCAUCCAGUCCCUAUCCGGCUACUGCUGCCACCAGCGCUGCUGACAACCAUGGACUAAAGUCUGCGUCCCAGGCUAAGAAUAAGAAGGCUGGCGGCAAGACAGCAAAGAAAGGUCAGAAGAAGCUAGAGGACGACUCCAGUACACCUGCUGCUGCAGUGGCAGCUUCAGCAAACAGCUCGGCGACUUCGGUGAAGCAACGCUCCCAUUCGUCGGCGACGGCUGCAGCGAGCUCGAGCAAGACAUCGGUCGGGAAAACUGCUGCAGUGCAAUCCUCGGCCAAUGGUCCCAGUACAUCAAAGGCAACGGCAUCAACUAAAGGCAGCGCUGCAACCGCAUCAACUAAAGGCAGCGCUGCAACCGCAUCAACUAAAGGCAGCGCUGCAACCGCAGCUGGCACUCCUCCAGUAUCAUCUUCUGCCGCCUCUACAAGUAGUGGCGUAAAGAAGAAGCAGCAGACUGGCAAGUCCGACAGUGGUGGUGGUGGUGCUGCUGCUAGUGCUGCUGCUCGUGCUAAAAGUCCCACUAAGGCCAAAACUGCGAAGCAACAAGCUGCAGCUAACAGAAUGUUGACCAGUGGAUGUGUGCGUUAUGACUCAGCAGCCGAUGGCGUUCCGAGCGGCAAGCCAUCAGGUAGUGGAGCUGCCAAGGCGUCUACGCCUGCCACCAAAGCUGCCACCCAGCGCGCUAAAGAGGUUGAGUUCAUUUCCGCUCUAGCGGACGUGCUGACCCUGAACGGCGGCCAUAUGUACCUGGAUAGACUUGCCUCUGAUCACCACCUGAGGACCAUCGCCGACGCCGACAAGAAGCUAUCCAUCAGGAAGAAGUUCUUUUCGAAACACCCCCACCACUUCGUUGUAGGUGAGGGCCCACUUGGUUGUCGUAUUGAGCUGGCCUAUUCACGCGGUGCCUGAAGACUGGCACUGCAUGGUCUGUUUGUGACGUGUACUCUGGCUUGAUCCCUUGUUUAGACGUUGUUAUGCUUUUGUUUGUUUUUUUGCUUGUUGAGCUGUUCCGUUGAGUGUUGCCCGUCGCCAUGAAUCCUCAUGGUGCACAUGGCUGUGAGCAAGGCUUUAUGCCGAGGACCUCCAUUGCCAUCAGGCACCAUGUUUCUAUUCCCAGUCACCUCGUGUGCGUAUACUAUCAUACGUUCUUGUUCGUGACUGCAAUGGCGACAUGUGAGAGGAUCAGUGUCUGUGCAUUUGAUUCUCAAUUUUCAAUCUGCCAUUGAUGCUUUACCCAUGUUUUAUGACACCGUUUGAGGUAGUAGUAUUUAUGAACACGUGUUUUCCGCUUUUAUCCUGCUUGAGCACGCCAGCAGUUUUGUAAUUUAUUUUGUAACUUAUUCAUAGUUCCUUCCGUAUUCUGUUCUGUACAUUUUCAUGGGUUUGCGUGUAUCUUUUUUCCAAUGUUUUCACUUUUGAAUUGAAUUAUGGGCGAACCGCUUCUGCGACUCACAAUAUCGUUUUUACUCAUUUCUCAGCAUCACCUGGCGAUUUUGUCCUUUUUUCCUCUCUUCUUCCAAGUCUUGGUUUUUAUCCUUUUCCUUUUCCAGUUCUCUGAAUCUGGAAUGGAAGAAUAGAGCACUUUUUUUGGGUUAGAUCCAGGCAGUUUGUCUGGUGAAGUUUUCUGGUUCUCACACUGGACUUCUGCCAGGGCCGUGUAUGAUCUUUUAGUUGUUGCCUGCUUGCGGGGUCCUUCUGAAUAAUAAA